AUGCCUUCAUUUCCAUCUAGACCACUGGUCCGGGCUAGGGACGAUGGCCUGCAGCUUAGUUACCAAUUACCUCACCGCGUUUAUGCCGCAAAAGGAUACCCAAUUCUUGCUCCUAAUGGUUCGUCUGUCAUUAUCUAUGGCUAUGAGAAUGGUCUGAAAGUAAUCUGGAGAGGAGGAAGGCCAUUCGCUAGUCAAAAACCACCUGUUCAGAAUAAGUCGAAACAAGUCAACGGCGGCAAUGACGACUCGAUCAUGAUUAUCGACUCCGAUGAGGAAAGCAUCGCAGAGCCUCCAAAGGAAGAACCCCCCGUCUAUGUGUUUGAGGACGAAGAACCAGAAGUCGAUCCGGCUUAUCCAUUUGAAGGGGUCCUGCGUCAGGUUGAUAUUCCUCUUCCGAGCAGCGUUCUCGAGUUGGCAGUGCCUCGCAUUCCUCCGGAGGCCGCACGCUCAACGCUCGACCCUUUCCCGACAGUCUUGGAGAAAACGAUGGUCAUCUCGGCUGUCUGUGCUGAUUACUCGACUCGGAUUGUGACUUUACCCUUGUCUCCCCCCCACCCUACUCUCACCGAUAUUAACCCGUGGGUUCGGACACUUUCGAUCAGCGGGGGUGUGUCGCAUCAAGAAAUUCCGAGGGGUGUUAGCAUCACAUUUACCUACCGGGAAUGCGAACAAUUAGAGGAACAGGUUGUGACUCGAAGUCGGGCUAAGUCGCACUCCAAAGAAACAGGCAGAUGGGAGCUUUUUGUGGCAACCUAUUCUGCUGAGUCGUCUGGUCUACUUAUAGUACAUCGCAUACCCAUAGCAGAAGGAUCAGAUGGCCAACAUUUCCGCGAGGAUGAGAUCGAGACUAAGCGACGUUAUCUAGCGGCUCCAGCCAAGAGCAUCACCUUCAACCCAUCUUCUUAUCCGUCCCCACGGCACUCGACAUUGCUUGUCGCUUUCCAUGACGGAUGCGUCAAGAUCUACUCCUGCUUUUCUACGAAACCAUCUAAAGCCUCGCGCAGGUCCUCAGGUCCUCAGAGUGACUUUGAGACAUCCGAGACGGAAGGGAAGUGGCUUAUUAGUCUCUAUCCUGGAUUUGAGCAGUCUUCGGCACAGCGGAAGACAAUCAUCCAUGCGGAGUGGGUGCUAGGGGGACGUGCUGUGAUGGUCCUCUUGGCCGAUGGUGGAUGGGGAGUCUGGGAUAUUGAAGGAGCUGGACCCGGGGCCACCAAAGGUCCUCUUCAACGCCAAACUAGCGUACAAGGGGUCUCUGGUGGCUCGCUGACUGCUUUCUCAGUCAGUGGUCGCAUCUUCAGUCCGUUGACCGGGGGAAACCGAACCGAAUCGAGCAGUUCUAUUGCGGAACAGCGACCGAAAUUUGCACCCUUAACCCCGUCCACCAAGCGUGUACGGGAGGACACACUGCUAAAGGGCGCCAUGAUUGGAUCGACCAGUCCAUCACUGUGCGGAGAGAUCUCAGUGUACCAGACCAAUUCAUAUCGGGAUGCUCUCCCUGACGAAUCGAUCCUCCUGCGACAUGGAAACCAAACUGCGGCUAUUCACAGUUUACUUUCGUUGUGGCGGAACGCCGUCAAGGCUACUGGAACAUUUGAUGCGUCAAACCGCUGCCGAGUUUCUGCUAUCCAGGAUAUCGCCUUGAUGGGGGAGCAGCUGAAGGGCAUUGGACACCUCCCUGUUGCGUUGCACCGUAAUCGUGACGCCGGGAGAGGUCGCUUUGACGUUCUCAUCACUGCAGAACGUCGGCUUAUGAUACUCGCCCCAAGGCUAAGUGAACCGGAGGAAGCGCCUGUUUCUCGACUAUCAACGAGCCAGACACCAACCGCAGAAACCGAUCAAGUCAUGCUUCGACGAGGAGAGCUUGGCGUGGAAGGUAUGGAUCGUCUCCUAAGUGGGAUGGCAGGCGGCAAUCGGUCUCUACGUAUGGGGAGUCCCAUCAAGCGUACGCGAAUCUUUUCUUAA